UACAGACUUUCUCAGCAUGAUGCCUGCUCCGUUGUGAUUGUUUCAGCACUUUCUCACAAGCAGUUUCCCUAUUACAGUGGGGGAAAGAUGCCGUUUCUUGGCAGGCAAGUGAGUGUGUGUGAGGCGAUAUCAUCAGUAAGCACAGCCUUAUCUUUCUGGCAGUCAGGGUCUGCUUUGCCUUAUGCCCCCAGAGAUCAGUUUGAGCAGGAACACUCCCAACAUGAAUCUUGAAGCAAAGAAAAGUUCUGCUCUGAAAGCUACUGGAAGUAAUGGAACAGAUCAUGACGUCAGUGUGUAAGAAGCGUAAAGGUACUUUCCAUCGCAAAAAGAUAAAAAAGAAAACUUGGAACAAAGCUCAGCCUUUCAUCAUUGAAGCUCCAGAUAACUCUCACGCAGUUUAUUGCACUAUAUGUGCAAAGCGUAUAAAUGUUACCCAUAAUCGCUCUACAUCUGUGCAUCUCCAUAUAAUGUCUCAAUUACAUAGGAAAGCUCUAAUUCAGUCGAAGGUGUUAAAGGGAAAGAUGCUGAUAACAUUUGAUGAUAUUGCUAUCUAUUUCUCAGAAGAGGAAUGGAAAAGUUUAGAAGACAGACAGAAGGCACUGUACAAGGAUGUGAUGAUAGAAAAUUAUCAGACCCUUCGCUUACUUGGCUUCCUCGAUUUUAAGCCUGAAAUUAUAACAGUUAUUGAAGAAGGACAGGAGCCAUAUAUUAAGAAAAAUCAGAGGUCAAUAAAAACCGUGGACACCAUCAAAAACUGUGAUCCUGGGAUGUCAAAGAACAGAGGAGAGACCCAAUCACCAGAAUACUCAGUGCAAGAAGAAAAACAAGAAUUGAAGCACCAAGUAAAACCAAAGGACCUCAUGCAUAGAAAACCAGAGAAACGCUCAAGACUGCACAGAAGAAUGUAUAUGUAUAAUGUUUGUGUUUGCUUAUAGCUUAAAUGCACUUAUUAUAAAAAUAAUGGCCACGAAGGUUAGAAAUGUAUGAUUUAUUAAAAAUGAGUGCAGAAGUAAAUGCAUUUUUGUGUAAAAAGUUAUAUUCAGAAUUUUCUUUAUUACUUUUGAGUUAAGAUUAAUGCAUAUGUUUAGUCCAAGGCUAUUCUGGUCCUGAAGUACAACGCGCAGUAUCCUAUGGGAUCUUAAGGAUGUAUAGGUAAGUCUGGAGGGCAAGAGGUUGGUCGUUGUCACCUUAAGGGCAGAAACACACGGUCAGAUUUGGGGAGAUUGGUCACCCGGCGACAAAUCUCCUCUUCUUCAAGGCAACUAAUCCCCCUGAACUGCCUUCCUCCCGGGUAGAAUGUUAAUCAUCGGCGGGAUGACCAUCAGAGCGUUUCGUUUUCCGAAGUCGGCCAAAGUUUCCUCGUGAGACGACUUCGGGCGACUUCGAAAAAUGAAGUGCUUCAAGUGCCAUCCUGCCAGAGAUUUUUAUUUUAUAUUUUCAUUUGUUGCCGGGCGACCAAUCCCCCCGAAUUUGACAGUGUGUCUCUGCCCUAAAACUUUGGACUUUGAGAAAACAAUUCAAGCAAAAACAAAACAAUUUCUACAAAAAAGUAAAGUGCUGCACAUGAAUUUGUGUGUCAUACAGACAGCACGUUUUCCAAGUCCAGCAGGAACAGGAGGGUUCAUAGGCAUGGUGCUUGCUGGGAAGACUAUUGCAGACGCAUGUAUGCCUUAAAAGCUUUAUGUAAAUCUAUUAAGAAGUCAAUUAUUAUACUCAUGAUUUGUUUUUCCUUUGUAUUCAAAAAUACAUUUUUGCUUGACUUUGCA